AUGGACUUCUUUAAUUUAAGUUUAAGUGUGUGUGUGACAGCCUAUGACGACACCUUUUAUUCAGAUGAAAAUCGGCAUAAAUUACGAUUCACUGCUAAUACGCAUGAUGGCAAUGAAUAUAUUGAAAUGCAAAAAGGAAAUAACUCAUCAAAAAUAGCGAACACUCAUUGGCAUUCAUCGAAUGGUUUAUUUAUGUCAGAUGGUAAACGAAAGAUUGAUUAUGUUUUGGCUUAUGAAGUUAAUUAUGAUAGUGAUUAUGACGAAAAUGAUAAUAAAGAUGAUCCUAGCACAUUUACCUUUACAUCUGGUCGAAUUAAUGGUGAAUUGAGAAGAAACAAAGAAAAGCAAGCAAAUAAGCGUGAAAAUUUUGAGCGUAAUCUAGAAAAGUUGGGUCUUGAAUUGGAAUAUGUUGAAGGAAAGUAUUGUAAGAAAACUUAUUUCGUAUUAAUUCAUGCUCCCUUCGCACUUUUAAUGAAACAAGCCGAAAAUCUCGCUGUUAAAAUGCCUAUUUUACGAAGUGACGUUAAGGAACGAACGGUUUUUGAGGGAAUGUUAGAUCGAUUUCUUGAACGAUUUAAAUUUUUCAAAUUUGAUGAAAUAACUAAUGAGAGACUUAAAGAACCGAAUUAUUUUACUGCACCAUUUAUUGCUGCACAUUUAAAUUGCUAUGUUGGACAUGAAAAUCCAGUAACAUUUUUUGAUGAUUCCGAAAGAAGUCGAAUGGUUUACGAUCUAUUAAUUCGUACUAGAUAUGAUUCAGAUGAAAAAUAUCGUGUUGGUAUUGAACGUCUUAUUAAUAAUGGUAGUUACACAGCUGCUUUUCCUUUGCAUGAGGAAUGUGAAAGUAAAAUAUACGAUGCGCAAAAUUGCAAUAAUCGUGAGAUGCUUUAUUGGAAUUGGGCUCUUAUUACAAAUUUCUAUAAAUACCAACCUUUGUCGCUUAUACGAAAAUAUUUUGGAUCGAAAAUUGGUAUUUAUUUCGCUUGGCUUGGUUUUUAUACGAAAGUUUUAUUUCCUGCUUCUAUACUUGGCAUUUUAUCUUUGUUAUAUGGUUUGUCAACAUUUUCGCGUGAUAUUCCAAGUAAUGAUAUUUGUGGUACGGACGGCAUUGGUGCGUCUAUUAUUAUAUGCCCAGCUUGUGAAAGUUUUUGUGAUUUUGCACGCCUUAAUUCCAGUUGUAUCUAUUCAAAGCUGUCGUAUUUAUUCGAUAAUCGUAUUACGGUUGUGUUUGCUGCUUUAAUGACCAUAAGUGCAACAUUAUUUCUGGAAGGCUGGAAACGUUAUCAUGCAGAAUUUGCAUGGAAGUGGGGCUUAUUGGAUUUUGAAAUUGAUGAGGAAACUAUUCGUCCUGAAUAUCAAUUGAGAGUGAAAUCGCUUGAAACUAAACGUGUGAAUCCGAUUACUCAACAGAUGGAACCUUAUUUUCCUUUUAAAAAACGUUUGUUUCGUUUUGUUGGUUCGGGUGUUUCGGUGAUAUUCUUUUUGCUAUUAGUUAUUGCAUUUGUUAUCGGUAUUGUUAUUUAUCGAAUUGUGCUUUUAAAUGUUCUUUAUCGCAUGGAUGGUGUUAAACCCUAUGCGGCGUUAUUAACUUUUUCAACUGCUUCUUUUCUGAAUCUUGUAGUCAUACUUAUGCUUAGCUAUUUUUAUACUUAUUUGGCCAUAAAAUUAACAGAAUGGGAAUGUCCACGUACACAAACUGAUUUUGACAAUAGUUAUACAUUUAAAGUUUAUUUAUUUCAAUUUAUUAAUUAUUAUUCUUCGAUUUUCUAUAUUGCUUUCAUCAAAGGAAAUCUGUCAAGUGUUCCGGGUCGUCAUUUCUUUGGUUUUCAACCUGAAGAAUGUGAUCCAGCUGGAUGUAUGGUAGAACUCGUUAUACAGCUGGCAAUUAUUAUGUGCGGAAAACAAUUUUGGAAUGCAUUUAUUGAAAUCGCUUGGCCAAUGAUGAUGAAUAUAAUUCGAUCUUGGAAUAUUUUUGCAUCAAAAACAAAACAAAUGAAGAAGGAAACAAUUCGAAGGCAAUGGCAAGAUGAAAUGAAAUGUUCUUCAAUGACAUCACGAUGGGAAAAAGAUUAUGUGUUAAAUCCAGUAUCCAGGCAAUUUCUGUUCGAUGAAUAUCUCGAAAUGGUAAUUCAAUUUGGAUUUGUUACGCUUUUCGUUUCUGCCUUUCCGUUGGCUCCAUUAUUUGCUCUACUGAACAAUAUAUUAGAAAUACGUAUCGAUGCUUAUAAAUACACUAUGACUACAAGGCGUCCUGUGCCUGAACGAGCAAAAGAUAUUGGCGUAUGGUUCUCGAUUCUUGAUGGAAUCAGUAGAGCUGCUGUUUUAAUUAAUGUUUGCCAAUUUUUUUAA